ACUCAAUGAUAACAAAAAGCUGAAGAAGUUUUUUAGAUGCAAUGAUUGCUCAACAAAAAAACAAAUUAAACCUUCGAAACCUAAAAUUAAUAAAGCUAAUGAACUUGAAAAUUCAGAAAUUUGGGAUGAAUCAGAAAUUAUCCAAGUUAGUGAUACAGAGGAAGAAGUUGACGAUAAUGAA